AUGGGACAGCAGCUGGAAAACACAACACCAAUGGAGUCGUUGAGGUCGUCGACGUCGUGGCGGUUGGAUACGCCGUUGGUUUAUUUAUUCUGUGGGAUAGGUGCCAUGCUUGCUCUCAUACUGAUGGCUUUGAUAAUGUUGGCUUGUUCUCAAUGGAGGACCCAAUCAACAGCUACCGGCGCCGGUGACGAUAUCGAAGGUGGUGAUGAACACCCUCAGAAGGUGGCUCGGUAUGUGAGCAACGCUGGUGAUGAAUCUAAAGUCAGCCCUGAAAUUGUCGUCGUUAUGGCCGGAGACCAACUUCCGAGUUACUUAGCUGCACCUGCUCCUGUCCCCGGCUGCAGCGGCACAAUCACCCAUCUCUCCGACCGGUGUUCACUUGUUUGGACUAUAUCCAUUUUCAUCCGCUGUCUGAUUCACCGGAAAAAGUGUUCAAUGAAGCAUAAAAACAAGGAUUUUUACGGUGGAGCAAAUUCUGGGAUAUCUCGUGAAGAGUUCAUGAGUCUCGAGGAGAGUGGUGGAAAAUAUGGUCGGAAUGAUCCCAUGCAGUUGAGACUGCUGAACUGA